AUGCAAACUGGUUUCGACACUGACUUGACUUUGCAGAACACUCUCCUGAGCAUGUAUGGGAAGUGUGGAAUGCUCGACAAGCUGCACGACAUGUUCUACAUUAUAGAAGCUCCAGACGCUGUCUCCUACAACUCGAUCAUCUCGGCUCUUGGUCACAACUCCCAGCCAAGGCAAGCUCUCUUUUUCUUUCGGUGCAUGUUGCUUGAUGGCAAUCUACUGAGUCUAAUCACAUUCAUCUCUGUCGCUCACGCUUGCGGGUGUAUAGGCGACCCUAGGCCAGCUGUGGCUCUCUGUUCGCUGAUUCGAGAGUGUAGCGGAGUCACGACCAGCGAUUCGGUUUUGAGAUCGGCUAUAGUUGCAAUGCAUGGAAGAUGUGGAGAUGUGGAAGCAGCAAGGGAGGCUUAUGAAUCUUAUGCAAAGGACGAGCUAAACUGCACGUCAAUGGCGAGGGCGGCGGUGCUGGGGAAGCUAGAGAUUGAUCGAUCCCAAGAUCUAGCCUACAUUCCAGGUGUCCAGAUGGUGAUGCGCAGAGCCGCCUCGGCCAAGGAAGACAUCGACGCAUUUAGCGAUGCAAAUGAAUGGGAGUGUUUUGAGGAUGGAGACGACAAGCCAUAUGUAUGCAAGCUUGAGAAUGUCCUUGCUCACCCCCUGGAUGGAGUUUGCGAUCAGCAAUUUUUCAAUAAGGCAGCUCUGAAUCAAUGUAGGAUCAGAAUUCACAACCGUGAAAUCGAUUUAGAAAAUCAGGUGCAGAAUGAAGUGCUGCCACGCAGACUAGAGAACCAGAAGCUCAAGCUUCUAAACAUGAAGUAUAGCCACAUCAAGGACGAAGAGAGCCAAAAAAUAAAAAUCCUGCAAGAGAAAGAGGAAAUGCGAACUAAGGAGCGAGAACAGAAGAAGAAAAAGACUGAGCCUUUAGCCCUCGUUAUUGCGCAGCAAGAGCAUGAAGAAAGAGAACUAGAAACUCUGCACGAGCAUGAAGAAAGAGAAAGAGAAACUCUGGUGGAGGGAGAAAGCCAAGAACAGCAAGAAAGAACUCGCAUGGAUGGAAAUGCGGACAAAGAAAAAGAGAAGGAUAAGGAUGAAGCUAUGGGUGACAAAGCGGACGACCAGGUAGACCUUAAGCCAAAUGAAAAGCUAAAGACUAAUUGCUAA